GCACCAACUUUCCAGAAAGAUUAGUGACGAAUUUGAAAAAAGUCCAGCAAAAUUGCGACCACAGGAAAAUAGUGACGAAUUUCAUACACACAAACGGAAAUCCCAGAAGGCUGCCACUCUUCAUACCUCAUUGCCACUAUUACAGUAUUAUAAAUCAAGAUUUAAUACUGUCACUGUAUUUUCAUUCUCAUUCACUCAUUCAAGUGCUACUGUAUUCUUGGUUGUUUGGAUGGGAGAUGCGUUUUAGGCGGGAUAUAUGAAAAUGGGCAGGCGGGCAGUGGCCGCUGUAAGCGCCGAUUCUUCUCCGUCUUCUGGCGAAUCCAGCUUCCGGGAGCUUGAUGAUGUUUUCUUGCAGACUCAAACAAGAAUAUGGCUUGGAGAAGUUCUUGAUACAAGAUUGGAUGAGGAUUUGCAUAUUUCUGAUUUGCUUCAAGAUGGAGAGCUACUGUUUGAAGUUUCUAAAGUGGUAUGGAAUUUGCUGUUGGCAAAAUGUGUGGAGUUUAGACAUUUCAAACAUAAACAUGGCCCCUUUGGCUCUAAGAAGAUCAGAGGGAGAUACAGACCUUACUCCAAUGUUGAUAUAUUUCUAAAGAUGUGCAAAAUUUUAGGAUUGAAUGGCAUUGAUCUCUUUUCACCAUCAGAUGUUGUUGAGAAACGAGACAUUCGAAAAGUUUGCAUUUGCAUAAGAGCACUCUCAAGGAAAGCCAGUUCUAAGCAACUAAGUGUUCCGGACUUUGAUGUGGUUGUUUACACGGUAGACAUGCCCACUGAUAUGGUCGGAGGCAUUCGAAGAAGCUUGGAAUCAUCACAAUGCAGCCUUUCAAGUUCAUCCAGUUACAGUGUGCAUAAAGGUUCCAGAACAGAAUUGAAACAGUCUGAUAGAUACGAUGAUACUCGAUCUGAAGGGUCAGAUGAGGCAGAAAGCAGAUAUGUAGAAGAACAUGCUUUUUCUUCAUCUGCCAACAAGUUUGAUGCUACUGCUGAACUACAUCCAGAGUUGGAAAGUUCACCUGCAACGUCUCCAGAAGUUGGACAAUAUGUGGAAAGACUAAAUGUACUGCAAUCAGAUGUCAAAUGCCCAUGUAUUGAGGAAUUCGAACAUGACCCGCAUGAAUCAGCACGUUCACUUGAGCCAAUAAAACUGCUUUGUUCAGAAAAUGUUGAAAAUGAUCAUCUGCUUGAUAAAAGGUCGUCUAAUUGCACCAAAAAUGAUCAAGUGAGAUGUAGCCACAAUAAUGGUGCAGUGGAUAUUUCUGACAUCGACUUUACCCUUGAGAAUGGUGAUUCAAUGGUAGGAGAUACUUCAAGCAUCAAUGGAAAUGGAAGAAAUUAUAUUUCAGAUUACUUGGCAUUUUCCGACAUGAUUGUCCAAACAACUGAUGGUAGCAGUCCUCUUUUCUUCAAUGGAGAAAACAAUCUUUUUGAUUUCUUCCUUAAUGUUGAUUCUCAAGGAUCAACCUCCAAAAAUAGUACUCAGAAUGGACUUCAAAGGAAAUUUUCUGAUGACGAAGAUAUUGAAGUAUCAUCCACCACUAGCAUGAGUUCUGUGUUAGGCCGGAUGCUUGACUUGGAUUUUGAAGACCAGUUUGAUGCAGAGGAUUCUUCAACUUUGAAUGUUUAUGUAGACGAUUCUUCAUCUACAUAUGUUAACACAGAUAAUUCUUCAUCUACAAACGUUAAUGUAGACAGUCCUUCGACUACAAAUAUUUACACUUCUGAAUCAAUGGAAAUUGAGGCUGACAAGCAGGGUAGAGAGUUGUUUGUAUUGUGUGAAACCCAAAAGACAGAUAAGUUUGAAAAGCAACCAUGCACGUCAGCGAGUAAUAUCCUAGAACCUGAAUUUGUACAUAAAAAUUUGGAUAUUUCUACCGUAGUCUUAUCUUCAUCUCAGCACAAAUGCCAACUAUCCGGUCAUAAUGAGACUACUUGUUAUGUUUCUGACAAUGGAAUUCAGGAUGAAGAACACAACGUGGAGGUUUUGGCAGAAAAUACUUCAGAUGGAAGAAAGGUUACGAGUCCCAAACUCUCUCCAGUGAAGCAUGGUCGAAAGCAACUUCUGAAAACAGUUGUUAAAGGCACGGCCAUUGUUGGUGUGUUAUUAUUCUUGUUUCACGUCAGAAGCAGAGGGGAUGAUGCGAAAGAAACUAAGCCGUUUGAUCAAACUCAAAAGUUUGGCAGUUCGAAGUUCUCAUCAACAAAGCAACGGAAAGAAGGUAGAAUGAGUGGAAUAUAUCCAGCAGAAAAGCUAAAGUUUGGAAAUUAGAAACAGGUUAAGAGGAAAUUUACACAUACAGUAAAUAUCUUGCACUAUUCAUCGAUUGAGCAUUUGAACUAUCAGCAAAGAAAAACUAGAGGCUGGUCAGUUGUAAAGUUGGAGAACCUGCUCCCUGGUUUUUGUCAAAUAUUUGCAAUCUGGUCGAACAAUAAUAUGUACCCUGGUGAAUGAUGCUUAACAUGCACAUUUAUAUUCGUGUUAGGCCUGAAGGAUAUCAUUUCUAGUUCAUGAUUAUAAAUCGUACAUUUUACA